AUGCCUCGUUAUGACGAUGCGGACUUUGGCGUGCCGCCAGCCAAUCCUCCCGGUCGCCCUGCACUGGUGUCGCGCCGGAGUGCCGCAGCUGGUCUGCCCAUUCCGAGCGGCGGCGGUGCCAACACAGUGGAGAUCCCCACCACCCGUAGCGCGAUCAGCGAUGCCGCUGCGCUUAUGCAUAAUUUGAGCUUGUCGCCAUCUAUGAAGGAGCGUCGUGGCUCGCGCAACUCGUUUGGCACUUCGCUGCCAAUUCCGCGUUCGCCGCGGCGCUCCCGCUCCCGCAUGCCCGGAGGCCCUGCGAUCUCUCAGGAUAUUCUGGUCUCGCAGGUCCAGGAUAUGUCAAAGGAGAAGGUGGAGAAGGCGAAGAACAUGGCUUUUGCAUUCGAUAUUGACGGUGUGCUGGCACACGGCACCGAACCCAUUGAGGAGGCCAAGGAAGCCCUGAAGAUGCUGAACGGUGACAACGAGCUUGGGAUCAAGAUCCCUCACAUUUUUAUCACCAACGGUGGUGGCAAAACCGAGCAGGCGCGUUGUGAGCAGCUGUCUAAGAUGCUCGAGGCUCCCAUCUCGACCGAGCAAUUCAUCCAAUCACAUACCCCCAUGCAGGCCUUGUCCGAGUACUACGAGACCGUCCUGGUAUGUGGUGGGGAGGGCUUCAAGGUGCGCGAGGUCGCCGAAAACUACGGGUUCCGAAACGUGGUCCAUCCGAAGGAUAUUCUGGCGUGGGACCCCACCAUUUCGCCGUGGCGAUCAUUCACCGAGGAGGACCGCAAGCAGGCCAAGCCGCGCGAUUUCUCCCAGAUGCAAUUCGACGCCAUCCUCGUGUUCGCCGACUCAUACGACUAUGCCACUGAUUUCCAAAUCAUUAUCGAUCUGUUGAUGUCGGAAGACGGCAAGCUCCUGACCCGUGCGAAGGACCCGGUCGCGACUCGUAUUCCUAUCUAUUUCUCCCAGGGUGACCUGGUCUUCCCUACCAACCACAAGGGCCCGCCACGUCUCACUCAGGGUUCCUUCCGUAUCGCUAUCGAAGCCCAGUACAAGGCAUUGACCGGUGUCGACCUCGAGCGUGUCGUGUACGGUAAGCCCGAGCGCGCUACCUACACCUACGCCGACGAGGUCCUCAAGGCUUGGAUGGAGGAACUCCACUCCGAGAACAGACUCCCGAAGAACGUCUACAUGUCCGAUAUCAUCGGUGGUAACAUCUACGGCUGGAACACCUGUCUGGUCCGCACGGGUGUGUUCCAGGGCAAAGAGGGAGAGAAUGAUGCCCACAACCCGGCCAACUUCGGCGUGUUCGAUAACGUGCUUGAUGCUGUCAAGGCUGCGAUGCGCAAGGAGCUUGGAGACGACUUUCAGUUCAAGUGGAACCCGAAGGUGAACCCCGUGCUUCAUGGCGAUGGUGCCUCUGCCAUUGAGUAG